AUUUAAAUAUCAAAUUUGAGCGUUAUAUUAACGCGUUAAAGCUGAUAGUCACGGUUGUUUUUCAUACAAAAUUAAAUCCGAAUUUUCGCCCACUGCGACUACUUUUUAUGUAGGUCAAUACAGAAUUUUACCAAUUAUAUAUAACUACCCACAUUUUGGUGAUAAAAACGUUUCAACUGUCCGCACAAAAGUCUACUUAACAAAUUUUUAACAUUUAUUUAAUCAUUCGUAAAAUUGAAAUACAUGAGACUCCGGGACCGUCGCGAGAUAUCGACUUAUGAGAAUGAUAAAAGCAGCAAAUAUAUUUACUUUGGCGCAGUUGAGCUUUGAACAGCAUUAGCGACACACCAUUUCUCAUUGUCGCAUUAAUAAACUUGUGUACGUUCAUAGCCGUGAAUCAAGAAGAAAGUACGACAUGAAACCGAGUAAAAUUCAAUAUUUUUUGAAACAUGAUGUCAACCACAAUCUUAAGGAGUUUAUCGAAGAGAAAAAGAGUUUUAAUAGUAGAAAACAAGAAGUAAUGGCAAUUAGAUCAAAAUACCCAAAUAAGAUACCGUUGAAGGUGGAAAGGUACCAUAGGGAGAAGACUCUACCGCAGUUGGAAAAAAACAAAUUUCUUGUACCAGAUUACAUAACGAUGUCACAAUUCCUAGUCAUUAUUCGAAAUAGAAUCAAACUGAGUCCUACUCAAUCGCUAUUUCUGAUAAUUAACAACACUUCCAUUUUGAGUUUAACUCUGACGAUGGCAGAGGCUUACGAGCACUUCAGCGAUUUGGACGGCUUUCUCUACAUCACAUACGCAUCCCAGGACUCCUUUGGAUACCAUGAUGAUAUAGGGUCGGCCCAAGAAGUCGAAGCCAUCAGACAUAGAUUCCCAAACAAAAUACCUCUUUAUGUUUCGCGGUACGAGAGAGAGCGCGAAGUGCCUGCACUUGGACGAAACAAAUUCCUAGUUCCACAAGAGCUCACCAUGUCGCAGUUCCUCUACAUCAUCAGCACAAAACUGAAGUUAAGGGACACACAAUCGCUGUACCUGCUAGUAAACGACAAGGUACUGGUGAGCCACAGUCUGACGAUGGCCCAAGCGUACGAACAGUUCCGCGGACCCGACGGAUACCUACACAUCACAUACGCUGCACAACAGGUUUUUGGUUGAAAAGCCCUCCACAAACUCGCUGGUCAUCCGUGCCAAUGGAAAGUAUCUAAUGUUCCUACUCCGCUCUUCUCAUAUUAUAAAGACUGAUAGUAUUUUACGUUUGUUUGUCAAGCCGAAGGAGUAUAAGUAAUUUAUGUACGUAUUAUUGUUAAGUGUCUAGUUAUUUGUAUUGAAUUUUCUGAUAAAAUAAAUCUCAGUAUGACAAUAUUAAAAUAUUUAUUGACAUUGCCAAAUUAUCAGUUUCAAACAACGCAUGAAGAUUGUCACCAAUAUUAAAUGAGGUGGUAGGUAAGAAACGUUUAAUAUAAUCAACUUCUCGAUACCUUACUUUCUCAAACUCGUAUCUCAUAAAGAGUUUAUUCAGGAGAUGGGAAAACUUUCCAUUUAUUUUAAAUUUCUUAUCAAGGGUGUUAAUUUGGAUGUAUUACUUUAAGAAUAGGUAAAAGCCAGUCUUUGAAUAUGAAAGAAAUGUGAUGUCAAAUCAGCUUGCAAAAUUUGUAUAUACAAUCCAUUUUUUGCAUUUCAGUAACUUUGUGCUGUAUGAUGCGAAUUUGAUAAAGUAAGGCGAUGUUUUGUUCUAAAACUACAGACCUAUCGCUUGACUGAGCCGGUUACUCGGUUACUAGCUUUGGUUAUAUACUCAAUGGGGAGGAGUACAGUUUACUUAACAGAGGGUCUACUCGUUGUUCGUCCGAAACAAUUAGUCUCAAAUUGGUAAUAUUCGACCAGAUUAUAAGACGCAUGCUUUUUACUUGACAAUUGUCUUUUGUUUUGGUCGAGUUUUACUUAUUUGAUAGUAAUAGGGAAUGUCGGCCGAAGAACAGGAGUAGACGUUUUUCCAUCUUCUAAGGAGUAGACCCCCAGUUACAGAGCUGCACACGAGAUAAUUGGAACAAGAUUUUUCUGUCGAUUUUCAAUAACAAAUUGAUUGAUAAAAGUGCCACAUGACUUGUCUAUUCAUUUCAAUUAUCAGUGCUAUAGUUUUUUUAUUAUCGUUUCACACAACAACAAUUGGCUAAGACUGUAGGCACUUUUGUCAAUCAACUUGCUAUUGAAUAUCGUCAGAAAAAUCUUGUUGAAAUUAUCUCGUGUGUAGCGCGACAUAACUGUUACGUAAACUGUCAUUCCUCUUGCACUGCGCAUCUACCUCUGAAUAAUGAAUACAGUAAUAAUAAAAUUUUAUUUUUCUGCCCAAACACAGUCACUUGUUCCUAUUUUUAAUUUAUAGCAGAAGUUGUUUUAAAAGUUCUCUGUUUAAGAUCUCACACAUUCUGCUUAAUGCUCAAUUUACAUUGCAACGUAAUGGAAGCGAAUUUUUAUAACGAUAUUGUACAUAGCAUCAUUAUGCUUUAUUAUGCAUUAUGCUUUAUUAUUUCAUUAAAUGUAUGUUCAAUAUGUAAUGUAUAAACUAGACACGAAUCAAAAAACAGGUCGCGAGCAUUACGCAGUUCUGCGGGAAUUCCGCAGCUGCAG